UAGAUCAUCAACACCAUCAGUAUAUCAAAAUUAGAAUCAGCAGCACUAGAGCUCGAGCCGACAUAUUUUCUGUCGCUGUCGACGAAGAUCGCCAUUUGUCCGACACGACUUACCACAAACAACAACCGCUACAGAUGGCACGGUAAAGAUUCAUCUCAUCUGCGACUAACAAUCAUUAAGGUUUCUUUGAAAAGAAGAUCUGUACUAAUCACAUAGCUAAGAGAGCUAAGGACGAUCGUGUAAAGGCAAGAUGACCAUGACCACCACCACAUUCGGUUCUGUGGGCAACAAGGAGACCUUGGAGCAGCAGCUCCUGGAACUCAAUGCCCAGCUAACCGGUAAGGUAGCCGUCUACCAUGCCUCAAGCGCCGGUUACGAUAAGGUCAUGAAAGAGAAGACGAGGUCAAGCUCGAGUACAAGUACAAGUACAAGUACAAGUACAAGCACGGUUCCUAAUCAUAGUUAUCGAGUAGAAGAGGUAGAGGACGAGGACAAGGUACGUCGCUUACGCGAGAAGCAGAUUCUUGCCGAUCCGUGUGCAGAGGCAUGGCGCUGUGACCACUGUGCUUGCUUGGUUCUUCAAGCCGACGUAAUUCACGUACCGGACUCCGGAUAUACGGUCCAUAAUAGAUGCGGAGGUGUGUUGAAGCACAUCGUGCCACGGACAGGACCGGGUGGCGUGGUAUUGUCAUCAACUUCAUUGGGAGGAGCUGUUUCUUCAACUUUAGGUGCAUUAGAAAAUCAUGGAUGCGGGAUUGGUUCUCCUACUACUCCCGCAUCUAUGAUUUUCGGAAGUACCAGUGGAUGUUCUGCAUUUCCUCCCGCAUCGAGCUCGAGCAGCCAACGCAUGAUAGCUGGAACAUGCAGAAGUACAAGAAUGUCUUCAUCAGCAGCAGGUAGUAGUUCAUCUUGCAAGAACAACAUCUUGGCAAACGCAAGAGCAAUAAGUUCGUCGACACGGCGCAUGAUCUCACGACACGAACGACAGGACGACGACGAAAUGAUGGCAGACGCAGACGCACUAGAGGACCUAGAUGAAGAAGAAAAUCACUUGAUGUUCGAUUCUAGUCCUGCUCAAUCUAGAGAUGAGGGUGUUGAGGAGAAUGAUGUUGAGAAUCAUGAAGAUGACUUGCUUCUCGCAGCUGCCAAUAGAAGCAGAUCACUACCUGGCAACUCUUCAAUUGCCUGUACUAUCGCAGACGAUUUCAUGGAUGAAGUGAUCGAGCUUCAAGAUGACUCUUGCAGGAAUCACGCAUCUUCUACUACUACUUACGAGCCAUCAGCGGCAAUGAAGGAGCUCGACAGACUGCUCGCAUUAGAAGAGGCCGCUGAAGCACAGGAAGAGAAACCUUCGAGGAGGAAAAAGUUUAGUCUCGGUAGUACUCCGUGCCCGGCUCCGACAAGCUUGUUACAAGUACCUCCACGAGAGCAAGCGGGUGCGUCGAGCAAGAAAAAAGCAAGUUCUUCAUCGUCCACUACUGCGCGACAAGAUAAGAGUAGAAAUGAUUUUCCUGAAAGUACGAGUUCACGCUCACCCACAUCACAAGAAGAGCACCCACUUUCAUCUGUUUUGCAGCAUGAUACUGUCGAAACACAUCAAAUUGGUCAACAACUACACCAUAAUUUUCCUUCAUCUAGCCCCGCUAAUCCUAACAUGACCCUGCCACAAGGAUCAUCAGGAACAUCACAGAAUCAAGAGUCUGCAGCUGCUCUUCCGAGCAACGGGCGAGAGCAUAAUGUCACAUCCUACUGCAUGCGUGAAAUUUUUAACACAUCUGGCGGUGGUAUAAAGCGGAGACUUGAGGCAUGUUAGUGAUACUAAUUGAAAAACUUCUAAGACGCAAGACUUAGACUAUCACCAUCACAAGCCCGACAAGAAAGUACUAAUUGUUGUUCUACAGGAAGAAUCUCCACUCAUCCUGCUCAUGAUCCCCAUCCCUUUUUAUUUAGGCUUGAUGUUCCUGCUCAAUGGCGAGUUUUAGUGUCCACCUGAUGGGCAACAUUAUCAUUACGUGUCAUACGUGUAGAGACGCACCAACACUUGCGCCAGAUGAUGCUGCUGAAGCUACAGGGAAGACUUCUGUACUUGUUGUAUCACUUUAC